AUUUCUCUCUCUCUCUCUAGCCAUUUACAAUGAAGAAGAGUCUCACUUUACUCAUCCUCCUCCUCUGUUCUCUCCUCUGCUCCACCGUCUUGAGCAACCUACUCGCCGAACCGGUCCAACCCAACACUGUACCGGCAUUCCCCGUCGAAACCCAAGCUCAAAGCUGCCGACUUGACCUCUCCAACGAGCUCUUUGGUGGUGUCAACGAAGCUUGCGGAAGAAACCUUGACCGGAGUCGAUGUUGCCCUGUUUUAGCCGCUUGGCUCUUCGCAGCUCACGCUCGCUCUGCUCUCCAGCUACCAGCUCCUGCUCCAACGCCGGAAUCUUCUGACCCCGACGAACCCAUGAAGCCUGACGACUCACAGAAGUGCGUCAACACAUUGCAAAGUGCGCUUUUGAUCAAACAAAUCAAAAUCCCUCAGCCUAAUUCAAGCUGCGAUGCAAUCUUGUGCUUCUGUGGCAUUCGUCUCCACCAGAUUAGCUCACUCUCUUGUCCUGCCGCUUUCAAUGUCUCCUCCGGCUUAAAAAACGCAACUCCCACCGCCGCCGUGAAGAAUCUUGAAAAAGAAUGUCGGAAUUCUUCUUACUCCGGUUGUACCAGAUGCCUCGGUGCUCUUCAAAAGCUAAAUGUUAGAGGAGGAAACAAGAAGACAACAACAGAGAGAGGGAGUAAGAUGAUGAGCAAAGACUGCAAGCUCAUGGGACUCACAUGGCUACUGGCUCGUAACAAAACGGCAUACAUUCCCACCGUUUCAGCUGUGUUAAGAGCCAUUAUCGGAAGGAACAAGACUCAAGCUUGGGGCCAGAAAGGGUCCUGCUUUAUAAAAGGGAAGGUCCAUCCGGUAAGUAGAAUGGAGAAAUGGGAGGAGAAGAUCGCAGAAGCUAAUAGGCAAGGCAAAAUUCUCGUAGUGAAUUUCAAGGCUUCGUGGUGUUUACCUUGUAAGAAAAUAGCACCAAUAUACCAGGAGCUUGCAUCCACAUACACCUCAAUGAUAUUUGUCACUAUAGACGUCGAAGAGCUCGCUGUAAGUAACCAAAAAACUCAUGUUCCUUAGAAUGAUUUCUUGUUAAGGAGAGGAAUCAGCUGUGGCUGGACUCCAAAUAGAAGACACCAAAUUUCUGUCUUGAUUAUGUUUUUGAAUUACAUACAUUCUUCAUAGUAAUUGGAUUUGGUGAAUUACAUAAACUGUGAUUAUGAAU